AUAUAUUUAAUGCAAUCACCUUAAUUCUAGAAAUCAAAUGAAACUUCAUCAAAAAGUGAACAAUUUAUAUAAGGAUGGCUUCCAAUAACAAAUGAUGUUGAAUAAUCAAUUGUGUCCUAUUUAGAUUAAUUAGGGAUAAAUUAAUUGAUCUUAGUCGAAAAGCAUUCUAAUUAAAGAAACUCAUUAUAUUCAUUAGACACAGCUAUAACUCCUCCAAAAUCUUAAAGAAGAAUUUCUUUAACAAUGGAUUCAGAAUUAUUUUCAAGAAGAAGUUUUAGGAUGUGCUCUGAAUAGAUAUGAACAUAAAAAUUAGAGAAUUCAGAG